UGCUAUGACGUCACAGUCAGAUGAUAUUUUGUCAACAAAUCUCUUCGAGAACGCAUUGACGCUCUUCCUCUUUCUUAGCAGUUCCUGUCACUGUGUUAUCUCCUCCAAAAUGUCGCACCGUGAAUCAUCGCACCUGGAGCCAGCUGCUCGCAUUAAACUCCUAUGCUCUCAGGGAGAAUGUAUUGUCGUGGAUCCAAAUAUACCUCUGAGAAGAUACUACCGGUCGGGUCUAGAAAUGGUGAGAAUGGCCAAUGUGUACACGGAAGAAGGAAGUUAUGAAAAUGCUUUUAUAUUAUACAUGAAGUUUAUGACAUUAUUCCUAGAAAAAAUAGUAAGUCAUCCUGAGUUCUCUGGUCACUCAUCAGUUGAUAAAACCAAUAAUGCUAAAAAGUUAAAGGAAAUCUUGCCUAAGGCUGAGCAGCUUAAAGCUCGUCUUACAGAAAAAUAUCAGAGGGAAUACAGUAUUAUAGUGAAAGAGCAGAAAUUGCAGGAGGAAAGAAUCAAGCAGAAGCAGCUGGAGGAUCAGCGUGUCGCUAAGGAGGAGGAGGAGAGGAGAAGAAGGCAGCAUGAAGAAGAGAAACAGAGAAGGAAAGAGAUAGCAGAAGAAGAGCAGAGGAUACGAGAUACUCAGUCCUUCCACCACAACCACCCAAAAUCAGCUUGGGGAGAUAGUCCACCUGCAUAUGAUGCAGUAGAAUGUUUAGCUUACCCAACAUCUGAACUUAACAUAGACGACUAUGGUCAGGAUGAAAGAGUGACGAACAUAUCAUCUUUGCCUUCCGUUCCUUCAAGAGAUCUCAAACCUGUAGCUCCAGCUGUCCCAACAGUGGAUCGUAGUAGUAAACCCACAAGCCUCCUUAGCACAAAGAGUGGAGGAUUGCGAGGAGUUGUGGUGCCAGAGGAAUUAAUGUCGAAAUUCAUGGCUUUAGCAGAGUCCAAUACUUUACGGAAUGUUGAGACGUGUGGGGUAUUAGCUGGCAGAUUGGCCCAGAACCAGCUUGUUGUGACACACUUAUUAGUGCCCAAGCAAUGUGGAACUUCAGACUCUUGCACGACCCAGCAGGAGGAGGAACUCUUCGAUUACCAAGACAAGCUAGAUCUCAUCACCAUUGGCUGGAUACAUACACAUCCGACACAGACUGCCUUUCUCUCAAGCGUUGACCUUCACACGCACUGCUCCUAUCAACUUAUGAUGCCCGAGGCUGUGGCUAUUGUAUGUGCCCCUAAAUACGAUGAAACGGGUUACUUCACUCUCACGCCGAAUCAUGGACUAUCCUUCAUUGCCAGUUGCCAAGAAAAUGGAUUUCAUCCUCACCCUAAGGAACCCCCUUUAUUCCAGACGGCUGAACAUGUGAAACUUGAGAAGAACUCGUCCAUAAAAGUGAUUGAUCUUCGAAACUAAAUUUUGUUUAAAAAAUCUGUAAUUGUAAAUGUGUGGGAAAACUGCUAGCAUUUUAAGCCUUUAUUAUAGAUAUUGUUGUGAAUAAAAGAUAUUUUUAUUUGUUUUUUGUUAAGGCACAGUGUUAUUUAAAUAGGGAUAUUAUAAAGGUUAUAUUAGAUUUAUUCCACAGCACCUACUUUGCUUUAAGAUUAUUAGCUUAGAGCCUGUAGAAUGUUUGCUUUAUAUUACAUGCAAAGAGAGUAUAAUUUUUGUAUAUAAAACAAAACUGGAAAGUGUAAUGUAAUUUUUGAAGAAAUCUCAUGAAUACUUAUUUCUACUUACUUUGAAAAAUGUUGGCAGAUGUAAUAUUCUAGUUAUAGUUUAGAACACAUUGCAAAACAAGUUGCCAAAUAGAGUAAUCAUGUGCACGAAAUAUUUUGGUAUGAAAAAUACAGAUGUGUGCAUAUAUAGCAUUGUUAUCAGAUAAUGAAUAGAGUUUUUUUCAUGACUUGCUAUGAUAUAUCCAGAGCCUUGGAUUUACAACUUGGUUGUUACUUAGAAGAAAGAGAGAGAAAAGGGGAAAGAAACAUUAAUAGAUUAAAAGAAAAAGAAUGCAAAUCGCAUUGGAGAAAGUACUUUGUAUUAUAAAAAAGAAAUAGUUUUAAAGAAUUGCUUGCACAAUGGUGCCUUGUAUAGAACAGUACAGUGAGAUACUGUUGGUGAUUCUCUCUGUGGUUUACAAAAUGUUAUGCUAUAGAUCAGGCUACAUUCAAAUGUUAAUGUUAUAUUCAUGAACAUUAGGAGUAAGUCAUCUUUUCAUUUACAUUUAUGUAUAGCAUUUUUACAGCAUUUACCAUUCAAUGGCCCAGAAAAAAUAAAAAGAGAAAACAUAAAAUGAAGCUCUGUUGAGUUAGAAUGUAAACUGUCUUGUGCAUUAAAAGUUUUGAAAUGCA